AUGCAGUACAAGUAUCUCAUAUCCCGCGUGGCCGACCCUGUGAUUGCAGUGUCCAUUGGCGUGGCCGCAUACUAUAUGUUCGAAGCACGCGUAGGAAGAAGGGAGGGCCAUACCCUCAAUGAACUCGUGUCGAAGAGGUGGGCCCGGCGGAGCGAGCAAAAAGACCGGGAAACUUAG